AUGGUCGUCCUACUCUGCACCUACACCUACCAAUUCACCUCGUUUCCAUACUACUGGCAAAACGGCACCGGUCUCAGCCCUCAGACACUGAAGGCAAUUGGUCUUGAGCAGUUUGGCAGCGCCGAACUCUUCGACCGCAUGAUGAUGCCCGUCGUCUUUCUUGUGAUCAUCAUUCUGCAGGUGCAUUACUUCCAUCAGCCGUCCUCCCCCUAUGAUUCUCUUCAUCAGCGCAGGUAA